UUUCUGCGCCCUUUAACACUUCCUAUCAGCGUAUGCAAAUUAGAUACCUGAUCUUAAAUUGAGCAUUUUCCUUAUAAAAUAAAUAGUUUUAUAGUAUACAAAUAUUUGAGGACUAAAAGCUGUAAUAGUUCAAGUGCCUAUUGAAAAGAUGACUUCAAAAUCCAUCUUUAUAGGAAAGAAAAUCAUUGUAUAUUGGUUCAUUUAUGCCAUUAUCAGUUUUUUGAAUUGGAUUGUGUCUUUUGUUGUGUUCAUCUUGCGUGGAAGAAAAGGAAAGGUUGUGCCACCUGUUAAAAAUCCUCUUUUGAUGAAAUCUGCUACCACAUUAGCAGAAGAAAUUCGUGAAGGCAAGCUAAAGAGUGAGGAUGUAGUAGAAGCUUAUAUUGACAGGAUCUUGGAAGUCGACCCCUACAUCAACGCAACAGUAGAACGCUGCUUUGAGGUGGCUCUGAAAGAAGCAAGAGAAGCAGAUUCACUUGUUGAUUCUGGAAAAUACACCAAGGAGCAGCUUGCGGAAACUAAACCACUGCUUGGAAUACCAGUUACAAUCAAAUGCGUAUUACGUGUAAAAGGUCUAUCUUGUACAGCGGCUUCUAACCUUUUUCUAAAUGAAAUAGCCCCUGAAGAUGCAGCUACCGUUGCGGCCAUGAAAAAGGCAGGGGCUAUUGUGAUCGCCACUAGUAACGUGCCCGAAUUCGCCAUGGACCUUGAAACGACGAAUAAAGUGUACGGCACCACCAGCAAUCCUUACGACACGAACAGGACAUGUGGUGGAAGUAGCGGAGGGGAAAGUGCUUUGAUCAGUGCGGGUGCGUCUGUGCUUGGAAUAGGCAACGACCUGGUUGGUAGCCUCCGAGUACCGGCCCACUUCACGGGAAUAUUCGCGCACAAAGGAACGAGAGGGCUGGUAUCGAAUGAUGGUUCAGUGCCUCCCACAAGAUUUGACUCGGAGCCCUUUAAACAUGACACUCUUAAAUACGUACAUACUGGUCCAAUGUGCCGGUACGCAGAGGAUUUAAUAACCAGUAUGAGGAUACUUUGUCAAAACGAGACAGUGAAGGCGACAUUUGGGAAGAAAGUAGAUUUUAGCAAGCUGAAGAUCUGCUACAUGACAAACACUCGAAGUUACUUAGCACUUUCUGUUGAGGAAGAAAUUAUUGCGGGAUUGAAAAGGGCUGUAUGCUAUUUUGAAAAAAAUUACAAUAUAAAAGCCAAAGAAAUUCAGAUGCCGUCUCUACUCGAUGCCAAUAGAUGUGUUGCCAACAGAUUGCUUUUUUCCGCGAAGGACAAGAACAUAACAGACGUCCUCACUUGCGGCAGAGGUCUUAACUUUGAUGUAAAAUUAGACUUCGUGAAAUACUUUUUUGGGAUGUCCACCUUGAGCCUGAUGCCGCUCAUCGUUUUCAAUUUCGGAUAUUUGCCUUUUUGGAACAGGAAAGAUCUGGUACCCUACUUUGACUCUAUGGUUCAAAAGUGGAUAACUGAACUGGAAAGUCAUCUGGACGAUGAUACUGUUCUCCUAAUGCCAACUUUUCCAGUCACAGCUCCUUACAAGUCUACAAUAUUGUGUUUAUUCCCUUCUGUAUUUUAUAAUGCGAUUUUUAACAUCACUGGAUUACCAUCUACUCAGUGCCCAAUAGGAUUUGAUGAACAAGGACUGCCGUAUGGCAUUCAGAUUGCUGGUUGUAAAAAUAACGAUGCUCUGACUAUAGCAUGCGCCGUUGAAUUAGAGAAAGCAUUCGGGGGAUGGAAGUCUCCAGGCACUGUUUAACCCUUCAUUAGGCGUAAAAGUUCUCUCGGAUUUCACGAGUAAACAGGGUGAUUCAAAACUGCGUUUCGUAUACCCAGAAAAGCAGUGUACAUAUAGUAAAGUGACUAUGCUGAAUUUAUUGAGAUAAGCUACAAAUAAAGAAGUUACAAAAAAACUAAAAAAAAUAAAGUGGAUCGGCCAAAGAGUCCAGUUAGAAAAAUAUAUGUUAUACCAUAAUAGAAACAACGAAAAAAAAAUUCCAUGGCGUUACUCGUGAAAUGGGUGGUGAUAUUUGCCAUUAAAUUUAUGAACUUUCCGUGACAUGAAAAAGAGUUUUCCCUAAAAUUGAAAAAUGUACUCUCGUUUGCUUAACUUAAAAAAACUGCAAGAUAAUACAUAAUAAUGCAUUUUACCAUUUUUGGACGAGCUCUUUUCCAUGUCAGGAAAAGUUACUAAUUUUAAUCGCAAAUAUCUAAUCCAUUGUGACAGAUAACACCAAGAAAAAUUCUCCUAUGUUUUUACUAUGGUAUAUAGCGUACAUUUUUUAAUCUGACUUCUUUACCGAUCGCUUUUAUUUUUUGAGUUAUUUUUGUAACGCUUAUUUCUAGCUAGGGGGCUCUAUAAUUUGUCAUAAUAAAUUCAGCAUUGUCACUUUACUACAGGAAUUCACUUUUAUGACAAUACGAAGCGCUGUUUUGAAUUUAUGUGUUUAAAAGAACUUUAUCGAUCGCCCUGCAUAUUCUUUUCCCACAUGAAAUCAAUUCCCAAUGGUUUUGUGCUCUUUUAGCUAUUUUCAUGGAGCAAAGAUUCUCAAACUGUGGUCGCGAUCAAUUGGUAGGUCUCGACUCAAUUUUUAGUUUGUUGCAACAAGAUCUUAAAUGUGCAUAUAUAUAUAUAUACACACACCAAACUUUGCUAAAUUAUCGGAUAGACAAAAUUUUCAUUAAAACCACAUGGGAGAAAUAUGACAAAAAUAGCGCAAUAGGUAAAAAAGCAAUCAUGUUAAAUGACCAGAAACAAAUAAAAAACAUGAUCUUUUAACAAGCUAACAAUGAAAACAGAGAACAUACUUUUUCUUGCACAAUAUAUUAGUUACUUUGGCCGCGGUUUCAGCUGCUUUAUUUAAGGUUAAGUGUCCAUGCAAUACCUCGGUCAACACUCAUCUAUUUAGAAACUCCUUUUCACUUUGGACGUUGAUUUCAAUUUUCAUACACAUUAAUUUCGAAGCGGUGCAUUAUCAUGUGUGUAUUUAGUUUGUUAUCAUGUGCGUAAAUAUUUAUUAUUUUAAAUAAUAAUUUUAUUUCCUUCAUAAAAAUUAUUUUUUGGCCCACAAAGCCACUUUCAGAAAUAACACUCAAAAAUAACUAUUGAUUCGAUUUCUAAAAAUUAGGUCGCAUUGUUUCAAAGUUUGAGAACACCUACAUUAAAGAGAUAUUAUUGGAAAUUAAAACAAAUUCGACUUUAGUGAUUGCUAGCAAAAAAUGGGAACUCAAUUUCCGAUACUCCAGGCCGACGCUUUCAAAACAGAAAGCUUUAUUUCCAGUAUAAUUUUUGCUUUAUAUAUUUUAAAUUCUGCGCAUUUAUAAUUGCUAUAUGAGGUAAAUUUUCCAAUUUAGGUGAAUUUUCUUCAGAAAUAUUAUUUUUUCUUUCUAAAACCGUAGCAACAAAUUCUAGUAUUUUUACCUAAUACUAUGAUGGUCUCUUUAAAGAACAAUUUUUGCAAUUAGAAGUAUUGAACGAAAUCAGGUGGAUGCUUUCUUAACCUUGUUAAAAUAAAAUAAUGUAUGCAAACAUAUUUAAGCAAUUGCGUGAUCAAAUAGAAAAAAAAAAACUUUUGAAAUUUUAAAACUUCCGAUUUAUUUUAUUCAGAGUGGUAUAAUUUAUGCAGAUAAAAAGCGGUAAGAGAUAACCCAGUCUACAUCACGAUACAAGAGCGAAAGAGACCAAAAUGUGUCUCUUCAGUGAUUUUUACUAUGAGAUUUUGAUAGAGAUUUGCUUGACACGUGUCGAUUUAGGAUAGGGAAUUUUAGGUAUCAUUAAAAGAAUGUUAUAAGCAUUAAGGAUUUUUAUCUCUUCAUUCGGAUCGUGAGAAAAUGCUGAGACUAGCAGUUUUAAAGAGCACGUGUAGCAUUAAUUAAAUUAAAAAUAUAGGAAUCGGAUCAGGAAAUAAGAGAUUUUCGAAUGGAGUUAAUAUGGGAUAAAUUGAUUAAAAUUUGGAAAUUAAUUAUGUUUUAAAUCAGAUUUAAAAAUAUCAUUACAUGCAUAUAUAAUGUUAAAUAAACUGAUAUUAUUUUAUAGAGAAUUGAAAAAUUUUAAAUUUUUGUGAAAAGAUCUCCCAUUACUCCAUUUACUAUUAAAAGUGUAGGAUUAAAGAUGAGAUUUACAGUUUUUAGAUCUCACUGUUAACGAUUCAGAGCCAUAAUCACUGAUGAAAAACGAGGCCAUUGGCGCUAAAAUUAUGGGAAAAAAAAAGGCAGAGAUAGAAUUGGAACCUAAACUAAAGAUUUGUUUGAGCAUAAGUUUAAGACAAUUUAUUUACUGGUGGGUGUCAGAAACGCAAUCCAGAAGUUAAAGUAUUUUUUAAAGAUGGAAUUUUAAUAAAUAAAAAAAUAAUUUUAUGAGUUCUGUUAAAUGAAAUUUUACUUAUAUAAAAAAUAAAUUUAUAUUUUAGAUGUGUAACAGCAGAGAUAAGAUAUAUAGAUUCAGACAUUGCAUACAAAAAAGAACAUUGAAAUCUGUGGGUACACAGCGCCUAACAGUAUUAAAAAAUAUUUUUAGGAAGACUUUUUUUUAGAAUCAUUUCACUGUUUGUCAUAAUAGGCAUCAACUUAAAAAUAUUAUGAAAUAUUUUAUAUACAGUUACAGUUCUUUAUGUACAGUUUACAAAUUAUGUGAAAUGCUUUGUGCUAUGAUAUUAUUUUUCAAAUGCUCAAAAUAUGUAAUAAAUUAUCUUUUGGUAACUUUA